GACUUUAGCAGGGUGGUGUUUGGUUAAACUGCUCAUGCAAGAGGAGAUAGGCUGUAGUCUAGUCUUCACAGAUCACGAUGAUGACCAAACCGUUCGGGAAGUCUGGGGAUGUGAGUGAGCUGGUGAGCUCUCUGAGCUGGCUUGAAGACGAUGUCAGCUCCCAGGAUGGAGAGGAGAGCCCAGACAUGAGGGGGCGGUUUGGACUGGCUGUUGGAGGCCGGGCCCGGGCCUCGGCAGAGCUGGGCAGUGAGGAUAUGGAGGAAGAGGAAGAGGAAGAUGAUGAUGAGGAGAUUGGACCAAAUGGAGAGAAGGCUCCCAAACGGAGGGGGCCCAAGAAGAAGAAAAUGACCAAAGCCAGACAGGAGAGGUUCCGUGCCAGGCGGGUUAAGGCUAAUGCUCGCGAGCGGUCUCGUAUGCAUGGGCUGAAUGAUGCCCUUGAUAAUCUGCGGAGAGUGAUGCCAUGCUACUCCAAAACUCAGAAGUUGUCUAAGAUUGAGACACUGCGGCUGGCCCGCAACUACAUCUGGGCCCUGUCUGAGGUGCUGGAGACUGGCCAGUCCCCAGAGAGCCAUGGCUUUGUGGAAAUGCUGUGUAAAGGCCUGUCUCAGCCCACCAGUAACUUAGUGGCUGGUUGCCUGCAGCUGGGACCAACUUCAUCGCUGCUCAACAAGCUGGAGGACAAGUGUGGAGGCCCAGGGCUAGGUGGCGUGGGGGGUCAGGCUGGCCAUCCUCUCAGCUACCCAUCACCGGGCCUCCCGAGCCCCCCCUAUGGCUCUCUGGAGGCCACUCACCUCCUCCACAUGAAGGGUUUUAAGGGGCCGACCUAUGACAACCCCUCCCCUAAUAAUUGCAGCAGUGGUACACCCCCAUACGACGGGCCUCUCACCCCCCCUCUCAGCAUCAGUGGCAACUUUGCCCUGAAGAAAGAGCCCUCCCCCCAUGAGUCAGACAGGAACUACACCCCCCACAUGCCCCACACCGGCCACCCUGCCCACUACCUCUCAUCCCACCAUUACUCUGCUUCCACCAUGGGCGGCCUGCCGGGGGCCCCUCAGGGCCACACUCUCUUCCCAUCCUCUCGUUAUGAGCUGCCCCUGGACAUUGCCUUUGACUCCUUUAAUCCCUCUCACGUGGUCACUUCUCAGAUGAGCACCAUCUACAGUGAGUGACUGGGAUGAGACUGGCCGGGGGAGAAGCCCUGCAUCUCAGUACACUGCUGUCUGACCCACAGCCGUGUUAUCAACUGUGUAAAGAC